UAUUUUCCUGGUGUGCAUAGGCUUUGGAAAGGGCACAGGAAAAAAAUUAGAAAUUGAUUUGUAGUGGAUCAUAUAAGGGUGUGGAAGGAAAGCAGAAAAGAGAGAAGAGAGAAGAGAGAAGGAAAAGUAUGACAGGGAAAUGAGACAACAACCUUCUUAGCCUCCUCCAUCCUCCACUGCUAUAUCUCCUCGGUAGCAAGAGCGAGCAAGAGGAGCAGUACUAGGGAGAGUGAGGUGUAGAAAAGGAACAAACUUCCUCAUUUUUUUAAAUAUCUCUCUGUAUGUUUGUGUCAUAUAUGAGUUUGUGGGUGUGGGUGUUUGCGAGCUUUUGUUGUGUUGCUUUUUUUACUUGUUUUGAGUGCAACUGUUUGUUUGGUUUUCCCUGUCCGCUUUGUUCUUUUGUUAAUCUCGGAAGAGUCCUAGGCGGCUGAUGCCUCGGAGUUUUUCUCGGCUUCUUGUCGAUUUGUUUGUUUUUUCAGAUCAAUUCCGAGCACAUACAUAUGAGAGAGGUAUAACCAUAUCACUUCCUCAGGAAUUUUGGGGUCUCUCCUUUUGCUCUUUCCUUUUGGUUCUGUCGGACUCCUCCUCGAUUUGUCUUCGAAACAAAAUUAUUUCUGAUCUUUCUCCCAUGGCUGCUGCUUGCCUGCUGUCAAAGGGGAAGGAAGAAGAAUUGACACUGCCAAUCCAAAGAACAAGCCAAAGGGCAACCGGAAAGGAGAAAUUUUGCUCUCGUUUUUAAGUUGGUGCGAGUAGAAAUCGGGGGGCGAUGGCAUCGAAUUCAUCGGCUGCAGCGGCGGCGUUCUUCGGAAUUAGGGAUGGGGACCAGCAAGACCAGAUUAAGCCGCUGAUAUCACCGCAGCAGCAGCUGGCAGCGGCGCUGCCCGGCGUGGCGUCCGGCCAAGGCGCGCCGGCGGCGGCACCGCCACCGCCCAAGAAGAAGAGAACUUUACCAGACCCCGACGCGGAGGUGAUCGCACUGUCGCCGAAGACGCUGAUGGCGACGAACCGGUUUGUGUGCGAGGUGUGCAACAAGGGGUUCCAGCGCGAGCAGAACCUGCAGCUGCACCGGCGCGGGCACAACCUGCCGUGGAAGCUGAAGCAGAAGAACCCGCUGCAGGUGCAGAGGCGCCGCGUCUACCUCUGCCCGGAGCCGACGUGCGUGCACCACGACCCCUCCCGCGCCCUCGGCGACCUCACGGGGAUCAAGAAGCACUUCUGCCGCAAGCACGGCGAGAAGAAGUGGAAGUGCGAAAAGUGCUCCAAGCGCUACGCAGUGCAGUCCGACUGGAAGGCGCACUCAAAGAUCUGCGGCACCCGCGAGUACCGAUGCGACUGCGGCACCCUCUUCUCCCGGAGGGACAGCUUCAUCACCCACAGGGCGUUCUGCGACGCGCUCGCGCAGGAGAGCGCGCGGCUGCCGCCGACGAGCCUGAGCAGCCUCACCAGCCAACUCUAUGGCGCCAGCAACGCGGGCAACAUGGCGCUGAGCCUCUCGCAGGUGGGCUCCCACCUCACCUCCACACUCCAGGACGGCCACCACCACCACCCGUCCCCGGAGCUCCUCCGCCUCGGCGGCGUGAGCGGCGGCGGCGGCAUCGCCGCUCGUCUCGAUCACCUCCUGUCGCCCUCCGGCUCGUCCGCGUUCCGCUCGCCGCAAGCUCCUCCGCCGUCGGCGUUCUUCCUCAACGCGGCGGCAGCGGCGGGGCAGGACUUCGGUGACGACGUGGGCAAUGGGUCCCACUCGUUCCUGCAGGCCAAGCCGUUCCAUGGACUCAUGCAGCUCCCCGACCUCCAAGGCAAUGGUGCAGGGGGGCCCGGCACCUCGAUGCCGAAUUUCUUCAACCUGGGCUUCUUUGCCAACAAUGGCAACAGCUCGGGGUCUAGUCACGAGCAUGCAAGCCAGGGCCUCAUGAACAAUGACCAGUUCAGCGGCGGAGCAGAUGGAGGCGUCGGCGGCGGGGGUUCAGAGGCAUCAGCGGGGGGGAUUUUCGGCGGAAACUUCGUUGGUGGUGGAGACCAUGUUCCGCUGGCAGGGCUCUACAACGAUCAGGCGUCCAUGCUUCCGCAGAUGUCGGCGACCGCUCUGCUUCAGAAGGCGGCGCAGAUGGGCGCGACCUCGAGCGCUAACGGCGCUGCAUCCAUGUUCCGAGGCUUCGUGGGCUCUUCGCCGCAUGUGCGGCCGGCGGCGGCGCACAUGGAACAGAGCGAGGCGAACCUGAACGACCUGAUGAACUCGCUCACUGGAGGUGGCGUUAGUGCCGCAGGAAUGUUCGGUGGCAGCAACGGCGGUGGCGGCGCGGGGAUGUUUGAUCCGAGGCACCUGUGCGACAUGGAGGCGCACGAGGUGAAGUUCGGUCAGGGAGGCGGCGACAUGACGCGGGAUUUCCUCGGCGUGGGGGGCGGCAUCGUGCGCGGGAUGUCGACUCCGAGAGGAAGCAGCGACAUGAGCUCCUUGGAGGCCGAGAUGAAGUCGGCCUCGUCGUUCAACGGAGGCAGGAUGCCAUGACAACAUCGAGGUUACACAGGACAUAAGCUCGUAUGGUACUGAGUGAGCCUGAGACUUGAUCCAGCAGAUGAGUUUGUUCAUGCAUGCAUGAGAGGAGUAAGGUUAUAUAGCGUAGUGGCAAGUUAGCAACCAGUAAGUCGCAUAAGUGAGUGCAUGCAUGCAUGGGAUAAAGCUACCUUGGGUGAGAGACAGAGAGAGAGAAGCGUCUUCUCUGACUAAUGGAGUAAGCUAGUGCUAGUUGGACGCAUUUGAUGACCCUUGCUCGUGGUGGGGGUUGGUCUUCGUGUUGGACGUGUUCAUGUUGUUCGUUUUCCCUUCCUUGUAGUUGGAUCUUUGUUGGGUUAAGUAUAGUUCUGGUGAUAGAACCAAUAAGGAUGUUUGUAGCUAGCUUAAUGGGGGUGAUGUGGAGCUUAAUUUGCUCCAAUCCCCUCCUUUUGUUGUUUUUAAUUACCUUUUCUCUUGUAGCAAAACAAUAUUGUUCCCCUUACAAUGCGAUUAAUCAUGCUAAUUCAAAUUCAUGCAGUUUUCUUA